CUUUUCAGCAAAGGUAGGCCCUCUUAUCAUCGCGUUGGUAAUUACGAGGUCGGGCGGGGGGCAGGCUCCACCAGAUAUUCGGACGAAUUCAGUGUGCGGGAGGAUUUAAUGGGCUUAGCGAUAGGGGCCCAUGGGGCGAACAUACAACAAGCACGGAAGGUCGAGGGUAUAACGAACAUCGAGUUAGAAGAGAACUCAUGUACCUUUAAAAUCUACGGAGAGAGUGAUGAGGCUGUUAAGAAAGCACGUUCAAUGUUAGAAUAUAGUGAAGAAUCUCUGCAAGUGCCACGUACUUUAGUCGGUAAAGUUAUAGGAAAAAAUGGUAGGAUUAUUCAAGAAAUAGUGGAUAAAAGCGGAGUCGUAAGUUUUAAAUAUAAAUUGCAUUUUCGUGAUCGGAUUGUCAAUUUUGGACUUUAA